ACGGCAAGCUCUGCUCAGAAAAAAAAAAAGCUUCACGGUUUUCUCUGUUCAUUUCAACCACGCUUCUAAAACCGUAACAAGGGGGCGUUUGGUAAUUUGCUCAGCCACUUGUUUGUUCGUUCGGUUUGGGUGGCAGUUUCAGAGAGCCAUCAUAACUUAGGCAUAGCUCUGUCUAGGUUUUUGUACUUGGGUUGGCUCCAAAAAUCCAGAGGACGCUCUUGGGUCAGAUCUGGAAAAUUCAAAGGAAGGGUCUUUACUGUUUUGCUAGUUCAUCUCCAGCCAAGAACCACAGGGCAAUGAAAAAAGUGAAGCCUUGCAGAAGAAACAGCUCACUCUCUGCUUGAAGAAGUUCUUGGGUUUUUGUUUUUGAGGGGUAGAAAAAAAAUGACAGGUCUUUGGAUUUUCUUGCUGGGUUUUGUUUUCUUGAUUCAUGGAAAUGCAGACCCAGUUGAAGAUAAGCAAGCCUUGCUUGACUUUGUGAUCAACCACCCUCACUCUCGCUCUCUCAAUUGGGAUAGCAACACUCCUGUCUGUGACCACUGGACUGGAGUGACUUGCAGUGCAGAUAAGUCCCAUGUUAUAGCCGUCAGAUUGCCCGGAAUCGGAUUGAGCGGCCCGAUACCGCCCAAUACUCUCAGUAGGGUUUCAGGGCUUCAGACUCUGAGCUUUAGAUCCAAUGUGAUUAAUGGGCACUUCCCUUCUGAUUUCUCCAAUCUAAAGAACCUGUCUUUUUUGUAUCUCCAAUUCAACAACUUCUCUGGGCCAUUGCCUGACUUCUCAGCUUGGAACAACCUCACCGUUGUCAAUCUGGCCAACAAUCGCUUCAAUGGGAGCAUUCCUGAGUCGAUUUCCAAUCUGACUCAGCUUUCGGCUUUGAAUCUUGCCAACAACUCACUUUCGGGUGAAAUUCCUGACAUUGAAGUGCCCAAGUUGCAGUUCCUGAAUUUGUCCAACAAUAAUCUGAGUGGUAUUGUGCCUAAAUCUCUGCAGAGGUUUUCAAGGGCAGUGUUUGGGGGUAACAACAACCUUUCUUUUGCCAAUUUUCCGGCUGAGGUUCCUCCUGUUGCUCCACCCUGUAAGCCGAAUCAGAAGUCUGGGAAGCUUGGUGAGACUGCAUUGCUAGGAAUUAUUAUUGCAGCGGCUGUUUUGGGCAUUGUGGCGUUUGCAUGUCUGAUACUUGUUGUCUGCUUAAGAAGGAAAAGGGAAGAUGGGCUUUCCGGGAAGUUGCAGAAGGGGGAAAUGUCGCCGGAGAAGGUGAUUUCGAGGAGUCAAGAUGCGAAUAAUAGGCUGGUUUUCUUUGAGGGAUGUCACUAUGCAUUUGAUCUGGAGGAUUUGUUGAGGGCUUCAGCUGAGGUACUCGGAAAGGGGACAUUUGGUACAGCAUAUAAGGCAAUAUUGGAGGAUGCAACGAUUGUGGUGGUGAAGAGGUUGAAGGAUGUUAAUGUGGGGAAGAAGGACUUUGAGCAGCAUAUGGAGAUUGUUGGCAAUAUUAAGCAUGAAAAUGUGGUUGAACUCAAGGCAUAUUAUUAUUCCAAAGAUGAGAAGCUGAUGGUAUAUGACUACCAUACUCAGGGGAGCUUCUCAGCUAUGUUACACGGUAGAAGAGGAGAGGAUAGAAUUCCUUUAGAUUGGGAUACCCGACUAAGAAUAGCUAUUGGAGCAGCAAGAGGAAUCGCUCAUAUACAUACAGAGAAUGGAGGGAAGCUUGUCCAUGGAAACGUCAAAGCCUCAAAUAUCUUUCUCAAUCCACAACAGUAUGGCUGUGUUUCUGAUAUUGGUCUGACAACUAUAAUGAGCUCACUGGCUCCACCUAUCUCCCGUGCUGCUGGUUACCGAGCUCCAGAAGUGACAGACACCCGAAAAGCAGCACAGCCUGCUGAUGUGUACAGCUUUGGGGUUGUGUUACUCGAACUCCUCACUGGAAAAUCCCCCAUCCAUACUACUGCUGGUGAUGAGAUUGUCCACUUGGUCAGGUGGGUUCAUUCAGUUGUUCGUGAGGAGUGGACAGCAGAAGUAUUUGACUUAGAACUGAUGAGGUAUCCAGGCAUAGAGGAAGAAAUGGUGGAGAUGUUACAGAUAGCUAUGUCUUGCGUGGUAAGAAUGCCAGAUCAGCGACCUAAGAUGCUGGAUGUAGUGAAGAUGAUAGAAAACGUGCGGCGGAUGGAUAAUGAGAAUCGUCCAUCUUCUGGAAACAGAUCAGAAAGCACAACACCCCUCGGAUCAACACCGCCGCCAGUAGUUGGAACACCACAAUCGACCUCACAAGAGUGAGCCGUUUGGCAUAUUUCUCAUCUGGCCAUGAAUUUCAUUUUAUCUCAAAAUGUCGUCCUGCUCCAGUUAAUGAACAAGUCUGCUUUUUUUUCUUUAUCAACUUAAUUGAUUCCAUUUAGGUAGAGUUAGGGCAACUCCAACAAUAGGUUCUAUUUGGGAGUGUUAUUCUCAUUUUAGCACCCCCUUAUUGCACUAUUCAUAUAUGACUUAAUUCUUAUCUCCAACAAAGAGGUGCUAUAUGGAGGUGUUAUUUCACUA